AAAACACGCAAACACUCCCCACACACACACACCUCUUUAGUCCCUAUAUCCAACUACAUAUAUAUAUAUAUAUAUUAUAUCUCUCUCAUUAUUUUUCUUCUCAUCAUCACUCUCCUCUCUUCUCUUCUACUCUCUUAUAUAAAUAAUAUUAUAGUAAAAAUAGUGUGUUUGGAUGGUGAGAAAAUUAUAAUAUGGAAGGAGUUAUUCAUCCAACAGACACAUCUGCUUUCAGAGAUUGUUUCUCUUUGGCUUGGAAGAACCCUUAUGUUCUUCGCCUUGCUUUCUCCGCUGGAAUUGGUGGUCUUCUUUUUGGCUAUGACACAGGAGUGAUAUCAGGAGCUCUUCUCUACAUUAGAGAUGAUUUUAAGUCAGUGGACAGAGAGACCGUUUUGCAGGAGAGCAUAGUAAGCAUGGCUGUGGCUGGUGCCAUAAUAGGAGCUGCCAUUGGAGGAUGGCUUAAUGACCGUUACGGGAGGAGAACUGCUCUUCUCGUAGCGGAUUUCCUCUUUUUCGUUGGAGCAGUGGUGAUGGCCUCUGCUCCAAACCCGACCCUUCUUAUUGUGGGUCGGGUUUUCGUAGGUCUUGGGGUAGGUAUGGCAUCCAUGACAGCUCCCUUGUACAUUUCAGAGGCCUCUCCUGCUAAGAUUAGAGGUGCCCUUGUUAGUACCAAUGCAUUUCUCAUAACUGGUGGCCAGUUCUUGUCUUACCUCAUCAAUUUGGGAUUCACAAAUGUUCCUGGGACAUGGAGGUGGAUGCUUGGAGUUGCUGGGCUCCCAGCUUUGGUGCAAUUUUUCUUGAUGGUUUUUCUUCCUGAAUCACCUCGUUGGCUUUACCGUGAGGGCAGAGAAGAAGAAGCAAAAGCAAUUUUACUAAAAAUCUACACAGCUGAGGAAGUAGAAACCGAAAUGCAAGUUCUAAAAGAGUCAAUAGAGGCAGAACAACAACAAAAAGGAUUAGAUGAGAAAAUCAACAUUUCACAAUUAUUGAAAACAAAAACAGUGAGACGCGGCUUAUUAGCCGGCGUAGGCCUACAAAUUGCUCAACAAUUUGUAGGCAUAAACACUGUCAUGUACUACAGCCCCACCAUUGUUCAGCUCGCGGGAAUCGCCUCCAACCAAACCGCGCUACUCCUUUCCCUUGUCACGGCGGGACUCAAUGCCUUGGGAUCGGUUGUCAGCAUUUAUUUUAUUGAUAGGACUGGGAGGAAGAAGCUUUUGGUUAUUAGUUUGUGUGGUGUUAUUGUCUCACUUGGCCUUUUGUCUGCUGUUUUUCAUGAAACUACUUCUCAUUCUCCCGCGGUGAGUGUCGCCGCCACCUCCCAUUUCGGGAACUUUACUUGCCCGGAUUAUGGCUCUGCUGGUUUUGGUGCUGGAACUUGGGAUUGUAUGAAGUGUUUGAAGGCUUCUAAGCCGGAUUGUGGAUUUUGUGCUUCUCCAAACGACAAGUUACUUCCGGGAGCAUGUUUGGUAUCAAACGACAACGUUAAGGAGAUGUGCAAACAAGAAGAGAGACUAUGGUACACAAGGGGUUGCCCAAGCAAAUUAGGAUGGCUAGCACUUGUAGCACUUGCCUUGUACAUAAUAUUUUUCUCACCAGGAAUGGGGACAGUUCCAUGGAUUGUCAAUUCAGAGAUAUACCCACUAAGAUUUCGUGGUGUAUGUGGUGGAAUUGCAGCCACAGCUAACUGGAUUUCAAAUCUAAUUGUGGCCCAAUCAUUCUUGUCCAUGACUCAAGCCAUUGGGACCUCUUGGACCUUUUUCAUAUUUGGAGUCAUUUCAGUUGUGGCCCUAAUCUUUGUUCUUGUUUGUGUGCCUGAAACUAAAGGACUUCCUAUUGAAGAAAUUGAGAAGAUGUUGGAGAUGAGGAGUUUGCAUUACAAGUUUUGGGAAAAUAGCUCUUCAUCAUCAUUAGAUAACAACAAGAAGGGACAAUCUGUUUAGACAAUAUUAUAUGUAUGUAUAAUUAAGUUUUUAUUAUGUAAAUUGUGUAAGGUUGAAGUU